GUGGUCACAUCCCUAGACUCAUCCUCCAAUCCUUCACCUUCUUCGACUUCUCUCUCUCUCUCUCUCUCUCUCUCUCUCUCUCUCGGAUUCGGGAAUGGUGAUGCAAAAGCUAGGAGUCUCAUCCUUGUUCGGUCCCCCGCUGCUUUGGAUUACGUUUGUUUCGGGACGUAUAUCCUUGGUUCAAUGCGCCUCCCCCCACCACCACCAUCAUCACCAUCACCAUGUCGACGGCCGCCUCGCUGUGUUCCGCCCUACAAAGAUGUUUGUCUUCGGAGAUUCGUACGCGGACACGGGGAACAACCCGAAAGCCUCGGCGAGCUCAUGGAAGGUUCCCUACGGGAUCACCUUCCCCGGCAAACCCGCCGGUCGAUACUCGGAUGGCCGGGUCUUGACCGAUUUCCCGGCUGCGUAUUUCGGACCGAGAUCGCCGAUACCAUAUAGGUGGAGGAAGGUCGGGUCCAAGUACGUGAAAUACGGUAUGAACUUCGCGUUCGGAGGGACAGGGGUGUUCGACACGCCGACCGCUCGGCCGAAUAUGACGGUCCAGAUCGAUCCGCUCCAGCAGCUCAUCGCCGAAUCUGUCUACACCGGACAGGAUCUUCGGUCCUCGCUCGCCCUAGUCACCAACUCCGGCAAUGACUACUCCGCUUACUUGGCCAGGAACGGCUCGAUUCGGGACUUGCCGAAAUUCAUAACACGGGUGGUGAACCAGCUCGCUUUGGACAUAGAACGCAUCCAUGGCCUGGGCAUGAAAAUGAUAGCCAUCGCGGGUCUACAGCCCUUGGGAUGUCUUCCCGGGACCACCGCCUCGGACUCUUUCCGAACUUGCAAUGCGACCAUAAAUUCAUUGGUGACCUUCCAUAACCAGUUGCAAAGCAGGGCCGUCGCGAAGCCGAACAACUGCACCCGGUCGCCUCCUUUCGUCAUCGUUGAUCUCUAUACCCCAUUCAUGUCCGUGCUUAAUGACACAGGAAGUACCAAGUUUCCGGAGCCGCUGAAACCAUGUUGCGUGGGGAUAAACAGCAGUUACUCGUGCGGGAGUGUGGAUCAAAACGGGCAGAAGAAAUAUGAUACGUGUAAGGACCCGAAACGUAUGUUCUUUUGGGACAUGUUGCACCCCACGCGGGAGGGUUGGCGGGCUGUGUUUUCUAAGUUGGGAUCCAAUCUCAAGCAAUCGUAGAUUGAUUAUUUCCCACUUACCCCUCAAUAAUUCUCUCGUCAAUAAUAGAGUGUCCCUCGUGAUCCCUUCCAUCUUAAUUGUCUAGAGCAAUGUGAAUCGGGAAGUAGUGUGA